AACAAGUCAUAGAAGUAAUGAGGUAGUAUGCAUGGUAAUAAUGGACUAUUCGUAUUUACAAAUAUAAAGUGGGUAGUGUCUUGGUCACGCAGUGGAAUAACGUUAAAUUGUAUGCUGUUGGACUUCUUGAGAACCCGAGAGCCCAUGCUUAAUUUCUUCAGUCGCCUGAGGUUUUAGGGGCGCUGCUGCCUUCAACACCACGGUGGUGGUGUGACUGAACCAUACCCGGUCAUCUGUGACGUGCACACCAAGGAACUUGAAGCUUUUGAACCUCGCCACUGCAGCCCGUCGCUGAAUAUAGAGGCGCGCUUCAGCCCGUUUACUGUAGUCCACCAUCAACUCCUUGGUUUUACUGUCAUUAAGGCCGAGGCUGUUUUCCUUGCACCUCUCUGCCAGGACUCUAACCACCUCCCUGUAGGCUGUUGCGUCUGCGGUAAGGCCCACCACCAUCGUGUCGUCAGCAAACUUAAAUGGUGUUGGAGUCAUGGGUGUACAAGGAGUAUAGAAAGGGGCUGAGCACUAUUCAUUCGCGGGUGAGCUGUUUGUUCACCCGCACCCACCUGCAGUUGCUAAAAAUCCAUCCGCAACCGCGCGACUGACUAUGCGAUGAAGUGAAAAUCUGAGGCCCGCACUGAACCUAAACCCGCAAAUAUGGGAAAAUGCGCUGUAGCCUACAGACUGCGGAACAUUUUUUGGGGGACAUGAUUUUAAAAAUAGGCCCAUGUUUCUGUUUUAAGCGUUAAACAUUUUGCCAACUCUCAGGGCGUGAAACACACUCUUCUCACGCUCUCAUGGCACACCUCUUAUAUCUCACGCGCAUUGAAAAGUACUGCUUUUAUUGUUCUAAUUAGUCCAUUAUAGUCAGUGCAUUAACUUUUCAACUGUGCUCCAAAUCGUUUUGAAAUCGGAGCAUCUGCGACUGCAAUUUAACAUCACGAACGAACCUCUAUCCUGUCUUGCUACAACGCUGAACUGCGGAAUAUUGACGCAUAUUAUUGGUGAAGUUAUGUUAAGGAUCAAGGGGAUUGGAUGCAUGUUUUAAAGAAACGCCCCUCAAGAUUGGAGUGGUAAUGAAUGGCGAUAGAACCUUUAUCGAUGAGUUUAAAACUGUAUUAAAAAAAACUUAUGCACAAUGCUGUCAACAAAAUUAGGUUGCUGUUACUCCUGCUUCUAAUGCAGAAUGCAGCCUUUUGACAGCAUAUUUAAUCCACACUUGCAAAAGUGAUUUUGGUGAUUGGCAUUUAGGCUGUGACAGACCCAGAGUAUGUUUUAGCAGGGACGUUUGGGACGGUGACCUGAUUUGGAACUAUGAAAAAUAAUUUUGUCAAACAGAUUAUGAAUCCAAAAGUGUACAUUUUAUUCUAGGGGGUGGACAAUAAAUAGAAACAUAAUUUAGUUUAGUGUGUAGGGGCAGGUCUGUCAUCUUGUCUUCAGGAUAUUUUAUCUAUUUGCUAUAUUUAGUCUGAUCAGUGGAACAAUUGUCAUUCUUAACAAUGAGCAACGAUAUAGGGUAAUUCCUGUGCUUGUCAUCAAGAACACUACUGUUAUUCCCCACACUUAUUUUAUAUUUCCACUUCCCAAUUUUGCCAGUGUUAUCACUUAUUUGAAAUCUGAUAUGACUACUUGUGUCUUUGGAAAUUAAUUAUAUGAGGCCAUGUAUUUUUUCAGCCAUUCAUGGACAGUUUUGAAUAAGUCAUACAAAUAAGCAUGUUUAUAUUAAAUAUAAUUUGACAUUUUAGGGGGACUCAACUGUUCACGUCAAUUUGUUUUCCAAUAAUACUCUGAAUACUCCAAUAAUACUCCCUGUGAGUCUUCUCUCCAUCCUCUCAUUCUGAAUGCAGUCCGUGUAUCCAUAUUCAAAUGAGAGGGAGCGAGAGAGAGAAGUUGCCUGCACAUGUGUAAAGAUCAAAUGCUGCGUCCGCAGUUGGUUUGUUCUCACUCCUUUUGGUAAGGUUGUAGCGGUAUUGGGAUAUUGAUUAACCUCUUCAGUUUAUCUUGGAUACAUUUUGUGGUUUUCACAGCUGUUUGUCUGAUUAAAUGUAUUCCAGUGUGAAUAUCUAAAAAGGUAACCAGAACAAAGAAGUCUGAAUCGUUCCAGUCGAAGGAUGGGCAGGAUUCAACACCUGAUAUUAUGGGCUGUGUUGGUGGUGUGUUGUGUAGCUGAGAGACAGUACUUCCUCCAGUCACACACCUCCACCUGGGAACAGGCCAGACUACACUGCCAGGCGUGCUACAAGGAGAUGGUGAGCCUGACACCUGACAACAUCCAGCAAAUUGUCCAGAACCUGACCUCUUCUUACUGGAUCGGCCUCCGCAAAACCAUGAACAACAGCUCCUUCCCCUGGUCCCGCUGGUCCAACGGAGACCCCCUCACCUUCCAGAACUGGUACCCGGGUCGCCCCAUACUCUCCAAGCCCAAGAAUCCUGUGAACAUCUUUAACAACUACUAUUCCAUCAGCCCCAAUGUCUGUGGGUGUUGCUGCACCAAUAACAGCAACUCUAGCUACCAUGGUAACUCUACAGAUGACCCUUUCACAGAUAAUGUAAACAUGACUGCAUCGGCAACGAUGACACCAGCCGUGACAACCAAGGUGGCAAAGAUGUCGUCUGUCAUGACGAGCGGAUCAACGUUCUUUACUGGAGUUACUGGUGGCAUCAAUGGCACCAAUAUGACUAGUGGGACCAAUGGGACGAAUGAAACUGAGACAGACGUGUACAUUGAGGAGCCUUGCAUAGCCAUGCUCAGUUUCGGACUUUGGUUAGAUAAAAACUGCUCAGAGCUUCUUCAUUAUAUCUGCUAUGAAGACCGUUUCUACGGUAAUGCCACCGUGACCAACAAGACACUACACAACGCGACUCUGAGCUGGACCCGUGGGCCUGGUGACAUCAGUGGAUACAGGGUGGAGGUCAAGUCCACUGACUACAACCUGACCCUAAACCACAGCAGUCUGAACCAGACCUAUGACCUUUCCAACCUCACCGCCGGAACCAAGUACAGAGUCCAGGUGUUCCCCAUUAAGUGUGGAAGAGACCUCAACCCACAGAACGUCUCCUUCUACACCAAGCCUGGCGUGAUCCAAAACCUCAAAGUCACCAAUGUCUCAGAAACAAGCAUCUCCCUGUCCUGGUUCGCUCCUGAGGGCAACCGUGACUUGUACAACAUUCAGGUGAGGGAUGAACCCGACCUGAAAAUGACUACACGCACAGAGAGCGCCCUGGUCAAAGGCCUGAUACCAGGAGGGUUCUACACGUUUGAGAUCAACACCGAGGUGGAGGACAAGUCCAUCGAGGGAGAUCGACUGGAUAUCCCCUCCUACACCAAACCAGGAAUGGUGUCAAACUUAAAGGCGUUUGCUCUUACUAAGAACAGUGUCCACUUCCAAUGGGAACAGCCGAGAGGUAACACCUCUGGGUACAGAGUGCACGCCUGGAGAGAAGAAAACAACACAAUGAAAGACAUAAUCUUGGAUCAUCAUAUUCUGACAAACACGAGUCUGACGGUGGGGAACCAGUCGGCAGGUGCCAAGAUCUGGCUGAGCGUUGUGGCACUGGUGCCCAACGGAUCGGUUGAGGGAGAACUCAGCAAAGUGAUAGGCCUCACCACUCCAGGUGAAGUUACUAACUUACUGCUGCUCAUUACUGAGGACACCAUCAACGUGUCCUGGAAACAUCCUCAGGGAAACUACGAGAUAUUCAGUGUUCAGCUCAACCUAACCGCCUCUAACAAGGAAGUGAAAACAGAGAAUACAACUGCCAGUCAACUCUCAUUCACCGCCCUAAAUGCAGGAGCUAGCUAUACAGUGACAGUCACCACUCUAAAUGGGUAUCUCAAGAGUGACCCAGUGAGCAAUACUAAUUUCACUCUUCCUCUCCCACCGCAAUCAGCCAAAAUCGAUUUCUUCAAUGAGAGUCAUGUCACCCUGUCAUGGAAAGCCCCCGUGGCAUCCCAAGGUGUAGAAGUAAUGUACCUGGUGAAAUACUUAACUGAAUUCUGGAAUGAUACGCAGACGAAGGAGACAAACGCCACCAACUAUGCAUUUAAUGAGUUGCAUGCUGGAACCAAUUACACCUUCGAAGUACGAGUGACGGCAGGAACCCAGGAAAGCCAGCCCAUCCAAACAUCACAGAACACAACUGCUACGGUGAGAGUUCGAACUAUGACUAUGGCGUGUUCCUCCAGCGAACCUUCCAUCUGUGAGGAUAGCGGAACACAGAGAGAGGUCCUGCAAAAUUUGAAGAGCCAUUUCCGCAAGUCGUUCAGCAAGAUGGAAAAUGAAAUUUGGGUUGAUAAGGUGUUCUGGGAACUGGAGUGGCGAGAGGCAUAAUUACACACACACACACACACGCACACACACACACACGUACAGAUCAUCUAUUCAAUAUAAUUUCUUAGUCAAGAUUAAGAUGAAUUGUAUUUUGAUAAUAAAAAAAAUAUAACAAUAGAUAAAUGAAGAGUUAGAUGCAUGCCAAGAAUGUAUGUGUUUUGAAUUUCUUGUCUUGUCUAUACUUGUCUUGCUUGUUUUCAGGAUAUAUGUUUUACAAAUGCAUUUUAGUAAGGUAUUUUCUCUGACCAAAUUACUGAAUAAAAAUCUGACUCUUGGUGUGCAUUAUAUAUAUAUUUUUACUAGUGUUUUCUUUAAAAC